UAUUUGUUAUGCUUUUAGAAAUGAUUCUGAUCAUUUAGUUGAAACUAUACACACAAAAUGUUAUUAAUAAAUGUGCAAUUCAUUGUUUUUAAAGAUAUAGUUCAUCUCUAAAUCAACAGAUUGUCAUAUCUUGUUUCACAGAGCUCUAAUCAAUGAUCGUGAUCAACAAUAUCUUUGAAGAGUGACUCUCCCGACAAGUAUGUCUUUACAAGGAGUGACCGUUAUCAUACUGACCGUGGUCGUAGUAGCUGAAGGGUUUGGUGACGGGGCACCUUUAAGUUCUUGCCUGACGUUUUUUCCAAAACACGAUCACGUCGAUAAACAGAUUUGUGCAACUCCCUACUGGAUAGAGCUCUCGGUAUCAUCAUUCAUACCUUCCCAGGAAAUAGACGUUACUCUAAUGGCGCCAAUCGGACAAACGUUUAUCGGAUAUAUGUUGAAUGUACAUCGACAAGCCGGCGACACAGAGGAACUGCUAGGCAGAUUUACACGUUUUCCCUCAGACAGCACGAAGGCAGUAACUUGUAUUGGAGGCAAAGAGAACAUGAUAACUCAUAAAAGCAAUACGCCUAUGAAAGAACUAACUGUCACAUGGAAAGCCCCGGAAUAUGAAGUUGGAAACGUCACGUUCAGGGCGGCAUUUGUGAAGUCCUUUCGAGAAUUCUGGACGGAUGUCACCAAUAAUCUUCCUUCACAAAGUAACGUUCAGCAGACGGUUGUAAAUACGAUUCUAGCUAAUAAAGUCAGCGUUGACUAUGACGACUGUGGGAAGACAAUGGGGUGUCUCCUGUAUCCUAAAUACUGCAAUGGCGCAGACUGUGACACUGGGCUGACGUACACAAUGACCAAUACACAUACAACACUUACCUUCUGGGCAUGGACAACACCUCAAAGUUACGUAUCCGUGGGAUUCUCAGACGACAGACUUAUGGGGAACGAGGAGACCAUAUCAUGUACAUAUGAUGGAAAUAUUGUGACUUUUCAACAUGGAAAUAACCCUAGUUAUUACAACCAGCGUCAGUACAAGAGAGACCAACUGAAGGAUAUGGCUAGCUCGUACGUGGAUGGGAAGCUGUUUUGUACAUUUACUCGACCACAUGUAAUGAAUGUCACCGAAUACAGUUCACAGAUCACAACCUAUGACCUUAAUAACCCCUAUUACGUCAUGAUUGCCUGGGGUCAUGUUUUUGAAGGUACUGAUGUAAUGAGUAAACAUACGGAGCUGCCAGUGACGUCACUGAAUCCGAUACAGUUUAAUCAGUACAUCAUUCACAGAGGCGAUGCCUUACCACUGCUUACUCAAAUACACGGUAUACUGAUGCUGGUCGGAUGGAUCUUGUUUGGCGGUUUGACCACAGUGAUAGCGCGAUAUUACAGACCAAUUUUCCCUGGAAAGCAGUUGUGUGGCACAUCAGUUUGGUUUCAGAUACACAGAGCAGCCGCUAUCUUAACCGCUUUACUGACAGCCGUGUCUUUCAUUAUCAUCUUCGUCAAAGUAUAUGGACUCACAAAUGACACAGAACUUCACGGCUGGUUAGGUAUAGCUGUGAUGUCCGGAGUGGUUCUACAGCUGUUUGGUGGACUGGUUCGACCCGGCCAAACAAGCCCGUAUAGAAACAUCUUCAACUGGGUUCACUGGUUUCUUGGAAAAGGAGUAUUCAUUGUUGCAGUCGUGUCGUGUUUCGUACUCUUCAACACCGGAUUCCUUCCCAAGGUCCAGGAGAAGUUCGGUAACAUUAUGACUGCCUUGUGGAUUGGUCUUCAAGUCAUCUGGGAGCUAGUUUUUGAAGUUUACAAACGUAGAAGAGUCGGAGAAGACAACAAACUGAACGAAUCAACACCGACAACACCCAACAUACUUUUGGUGUUAUACAGUGUUACUUUACUGGCAUUAGUGGCCUUGGCCUCGUUAGCAAUAUUCUUUUUCUAGAUGUAAAAUCAUUGAUAUUCAUAUUACAGUUACCUAAUGUAGGUAACAUUUUCGCAUCACGGAAAUUUACAUCUUUGUUAAUUUAAUCAUCGAUACUCGUCUGUUCAGUACAAAUGUUAAACUAUUUUCGGAUAUCGUGUCAGAAUCAGCAAUGUUCUGCGCUUAUUCAACAUGUGUAAGACGGCUUGGAGAUUUUGGGGUAUUUUAAGGGUCAUCUAUAUAGCAUAAUAAUGUUGAAUUUCAAACACGAAUAGAUAUCUUAAAAUUUGCCCAAAAAUAGUCAUAUAAUAUACCAAAAUGUUUGU